AUGACUACAAAGGCAGCUCGCUAUGCCGACCUGCUGGACGAUGCCCGCUGCGAGGGCAACUGGGCCGACGUUCCAGAGCUGGUUCGCAAGGUCCGCAAACACGAUCCGGCGCGAGAAUGUCUGACAUUGACCGCCGAGACAGAAUGCGCCAUCUCGAAAGUCACCGCUGCCGGCACGCAGCCAACCGACCUCGACGUGCCCAACAGACUUCCGAAGCUCAUGGCUGUGAUUGAGGCCGAAACCCGCCCCGAGGAACGAUUCCAGGCCCAAGUCUGCGUUGGAUGGCUGCACUGGGUGGUUGGCGAGUAUACCUUGGCGCUGGAACGACUGCCCAAGAGCCUCAACGAGCAAUACCCCGAUAUCGACCCGGCAAACACAGCAUCGGAAUGGACAAGCGUGUGUGCUUUGAAAGCUGCCUACCUCAGGGCCAACUGUUUGAUGAGAGAUGGACACAGAAUACCGGCGCUUGCUGCGUUACAGAAAGGCCUCCCGUCCUUGGAUCGAGUCUGGGGUGGACAUGGUAUCCGUAAGCAGUUGCGGUACUGGUCAGAGCUGUUCCUAACCGAGCACUGCAUGCUCACAAGCGAGGCGCUUCAUAACAGCGAAAUCUCUCUGGACGACCCCAAUUCCAUCUCCAGCUUUCGAUCUUGGGCAAAAUAUUGGAAAAUCAUGUCCGCCCCCGUUACAGGCGGGUUCGGGUUCAAGGGCUCCGUACCCCGGAGAAGGAUCUGGAAUGAGUACUAUCUGGCACUCUCUCGAAUCUUGGAGAACGAUUUGCCCUAUCCAACCGGACAAGCUGAGAAGAUGGUUGAGGAUAUGUCAGCUCGAAGCCAGUUGAGGGUGGAACUCCAGCGAGCGGAGGCAGCUUAUCAGGCCCUCUUGCUCGGAGAGACUGCCUUUCCGCGAGCAGACGAAGAGCGUGCAGAAAUCGAAACAUUCAUUAAGCAAGUCAUGAUGAACUGGUCCAUCCUGUGUGGCCGUGGAUGGAGUGAGCAGGACUUGGGCCAAGGAGGCCGAGAUCUCCUUAGCCGGAGUGUGCUUGAUACUUUAUACAGUGCCGCGACAAGGACAUACCAUUCAACAGCCAUUCUUAGAUCAUUGUUCAACGUUCACUUGUCGGUGGCUGAAUUUGACCUGGCAUUCAAGGCACUCGAUUCCUACCUGGAUAUUGUUAAAAAGGGCAAGGCUCGAGUGGCAAAGACGGGGCAUCCAGAACCAAGCUUGGAUGACGACAAAACUGCUCUAGAAACCAUGUCACAAGGAAUCAUGAUGUUGUGCAGCUAUGGGCACCAGCAAGCUGCAGAAAAGGCCCGGCAUUUAGGCGCCGAGCUGGAGGAUUGGCUCUCCAAACUCCCACACAGCGUAAAGGAGAACGGCACACCUGCGAUUGCAGAAGAUAAAGAAGAGAGCGAGGUGCACUCAGAUGCCCCGCCUCCUCAAACUGUGGCCCUCGCUUGGCAGGCCAUUGGUCUCUCACAUGCUCACUGGUCGCGGAUGACGACUGAAGCCGGGUCGAGGGCUGAGAUACAGUCCAAGGCCAUCAGAUGCCUUCGCAGGUCUCUGGCUCCUGAAUUCGGCCGUUCAAAGGACGUACGGAGCUUCUUCAGUCUCGGGCUCUUGUUAGCUGAGCGGCGCGAGCUAGCUACGGCCAUAGAGCUCGUUAGAUCAGCGUUAAUAGCUGUACAUGGAUUCGAAGAGGAUUACAACCUCUUUUAUGGACCUUAUUGGCAGGAGAGGUCCCUUAUCCCUCUGUGGCAUCUCCUAGCGCUUCUUUUGAGCGCCCGACAAGACUACGUCAUGGCAGCAAGGGCGUGUGAAGGUGCCUUGGAGCAGUUCAAAGACCCAACCGUCCUCUUUGGCAGGUCAGACAGCGGUUUUCGCAGCGAGCACCUCAAUGACGCCGAAGCUAAGGCCGCGCCGUCAAGGGGACUCAUUGAUGAUAUGAGUGAUGAGGAGAAGGUGGGCAUCUUGGAUGUCAAGAUGACACAAAUUGCCUUGAUUGAGCUCAUGGAAGGGCCAGACGUUGCUGUAAAUGCUAGCUAUGAACUGCUGACUCUGUUUUCACGAUUAUUCGGUAGCAUCGACGUGCAGCAGCAGGCACUCAAGCCUCCAGCUGUUGCAGAGCCACCAAAGACUGCACGCACAUUCAAAGGCAGCAUCUUCGGGUCACGAGCAGAUAGAUCGAGACCACCCACCAGACAGAUAAGCAACGCUACUCUGGGUGAGAAAACAGUGGCAGUUAGACCUGCUACAUCUCACACCACUGCCCCAAGUAUCGCCCCAACCGUUCAGGUAACAUCAGAAAACGGAGAUGGGCGAGAACGGAGUGGCAGUGUAGGGACACAGCGGAGGAGCGAAUCUGGAAGGAGAAACAGCUUGAAGAAGAAAACUAGAAGCGGGAGCCAGCGGCGCAGGUCAUCGAGUGCGGGCGGCCUAUCACAUCAAGCUACAGUGGUUGGAGAUUCCGAUUCGACUGAUCACGACUUCUUCUCAGCCUCUGGGAGGCGCCUACAGUCUCGGGUGGCAAAUUCCUCUCGAGGCAGGACGCUAUCGUCAUUAAACUCGUACCUCUCUACGAACUCCAAGUACACUGACGAUUCAGAAAUGUCGAAUGACAUCAGCUUUACACUCCCUCACCUUCUACCCCUAAUCAAGUUCCCGAAAGACAAGGAGAAGACCCAACGAACAGCAAUUCUGAUCAAAGUUUGGCUCAUGAUUGCCGGAUUCUAUCGACGGGCGGGCAUGUUGGAGGAUUGCAAGGGUGCAGUUGCUGAGGCGCAGAAACUUGUCCACACACUUGAGAGCGAAAUGGCGAAAGAUCCGGCCAGCGGACCGGGUUCCACCAGGGGUCCGGCUUGGGGUGAAAAGAAGAGCAUAGAUGAACUCUGGGGUGACGUUUACUCUGAGCUGGGUCUACUGGCGUUGGCAAAAGAUACCCCCUAUGUGGCUCGGACUGAUUUUGAAUCAGCCCUGAUGUAUUAUCCCGACCAUCCCGCGGCUAUUGUUGGUUUGUCAAAUAUCCUGCUUGACAUUUACAGCGAGAAGCUGCUUCCUACGCCAGCAAUUCCUUCCUUGGAUGGACACGAGAUAUUUGAUGAUAUGCGUCCUACUAAAGCUGGUUCUUCGUCGACUACCCUCAAAAUCCUACCAUACACUCCUCUGGGACUCGUUUCCGACAUGAGCGCCGCCGAGACCCUCUCUGGCGAAGCCGACGAAAAAGAAACAUCCAAAGCCGCAGGCUCUGGCAGCGAUCCUGAAGAUGAGGACGAACUCCCGGAGCCAUACAAGGCUUUCCAUCUCCCGCUCGUUGACCGACUGGCUGCGCGUGAUCGUGCCUUUACGCUGCUCUCGGGCCUCACUCGUCUCGGUACGGGCUGGGACUACUCUGACGCGUGGUUCGCGCUCGCUCGCGCCCAUGAGGAGAAUGGGCAGGUCGAGAAGGCUAGAGAGGUCCUUUGGUGGUGCGUCGAGCUGGAGGAGGCCAUGGGAGUGCGUGACUGGCGCAGUCUCGCUGCCGGGGGUUAUAUCAUUUAA